AUGAUUCGUCUAUACCAAGUGAUAUUUAUAUGCUACGUAAGUUUAAUAGUGUUUUUGCUAAUAGAUUUAAGCGAAGCAAAAGAUAAAGUUUCCCACAGGCAGAAGAGGUUUUUGAGCUUUGAAAACGUUACACAUUUCUUUCUCCGAUUAAACACCAAAGCAAACAUGGUACCGUGGUGUCAAAUAUUCGCUCAAGCACUCGGCUUUCGUAUGAAUUGGGACGCUCCACCAGACUCCUUCCAUCCUUAUCAUCAUUUGUAUAGAAGAACUGUUUACAGUCAUCUGGAAACUUUGAUGGACAAGAAUGGACUGAACGGAUUGCACUGCAUACGGCGAGCCAUUUGCGAAAUGAAAAUGAUUCCUCAACCGAGAGGCAUUUACCACAAAAUUUUGAAAAUGGUCUUCAGACAACAGUCUUCAGCAACAGAUAAAUGGCACAAAGGAACUGAAACUGACUGCGAACAUUCCAUUGCACAAUGCUCGUUUUCCAUGUUAGAUGUGUCACUGUAUACGGAUGUUUAA